UGGGUGGUGUAUCCGUGUAUGGAAGAAUAUGGAAGAAAAAUAAUAUAUUUAUAGGGAUGAUAAAAGAAUAAUAAAAUAAUAGUUGUAGUGGAGUGACGUGAAUUUUUUGACUUUAUUUAUGACUUAUUUUUAGUAGUAGGGAGCUUAUGGGAAGGAAUUAGUGUAAUUAGGUAGUGCAGUAAAAAAAAAAAUCCUAGAAGUUGAAAAGAGAUGAAUGGUAAAUAAAAUUGAAUUAAAAAAAUUAAAUUACAUACCUAGCGGAUUCGUGUCGUGUCAUUGUACUUUCUCUUUCGCUGAAAGCAUCUUCAGAUAUUCCUCCCCACCAUAUUCGCUAGCGCGCACGCCGGAGAACAAGUACGUGGGCGACAUGGCAACUGCGAACGCGGAGGUGGCCGAGAACGGCAAUGCGGAGCCGCCGAGAUCGGCGUUAAUAUUUCUCGGGACCGGCUGCUCGAGCGCGGUGCCUAACGCGAUGUGCUUGAUCCAGCCAUCCGAUCCUCCUUGUCAAGUCUGCUCCCAAUCUUUAACCCUACCGCCUGAUCAGAACCCUAAUUACAGGUGCAAUACAUCCCUCCUAAUUGAUUAUUGUGGUAGUGAAGGAAAACAUAAAUAUAUUUUGAUAGAUGUGGGCAAGACGUUUAGGGAGCAAGUUCUGCGGUGGUUCACCUUUCAUAAGAUACCACAAGUAGAUUCAAUUAUAUUAACUCAUGAACAUGCUGAUGCUGUUCUCGGUUUGGAUGAUAUACGCACUGUGCAACCCUUUAGUCCAACAAAUGACAUCAGCCCAACUCCCAUCUACCUCACACAAGAUGCAAUGGAGAGCAUUGCAGUGAAAUUCCCUUACUUGGUUCAGAAAAAACUCAAGCCUGGUCAGGAAGUUAGGCGUGUUGCUCAACUUGAGUGGAAAAUUAUAGAGAAUGAUUGCACAAAACAGUUCAUGGCAUCUGGCCUGCAUUUUGUUCCUCUACCGGUAAUGCAUGGCGAAGAUUAUGUAUGCCUUGGUUUUCUAUUCGGUGAAAAAUUUAAAGUAGCAUAUAUAUCAGAUAUUUCACGCUUUCUUCCAGCCACAGAAUGCUAUAUUUCGAAAGAUGGUGGUCAGCAGCUUGAUCUCCUUAUAUUGGACACACUGUACAAGAAAGGAUCUCACAAUACUCACUUCUGCUUCCCUCAGACACUCGAUGCCGUUAAGAGGAUACACCCUAAGAGAGCUUUGCUUAUCGGGAUGACCCAUGAGUUUGAUCACCACAAAGACAAUGAAUUUCUCGAGGAAUGGUCUAAAAGGGAAGGGAUACCAAUUCAGCUAGCACAUGAUGGGCUUAGAAUCUCUGUAGACCUUUGAUGAGGUAAUUGUUUGAAUUCGUAGGUUAUUGAAAAUCAUUUGUUCGACACGGGAAUAUUCGCUGCUUUCUUAGACCACUGACUGAAAAUGCUCAUCUGCCAGUUCAUUUGCCUGUUGAAAUUAUUGUAGUUAUUUGAUGGAAAGCUUAUAUUAUUGUUUUAUUCCCCUUAGAUAUUAUUAGCGGGGAUUUUAUUAUCACCACCGGACUUGAGAAUGCAAAAAAAGAAGCAAAAUUUUAUGUUGAAGCCAUUGAAUGUUUAUGUUCUAUAAUAUUUCUGUGUUGUUCCCUUUCAAUGUUGAUUCAUGAGAAGUACGAG